AUGACGACUUCUGAUUCCAAAUUGAGUUUGAAACUGUUGAUUGACAGCAAGGCUAAAAAAGUCCUAUUUGCAGAGGCUGAAAAGGAUUGUGUUGAUUUUCUAUUUCACAUUCUCUCGUUGCCAGUGAGCACUGUCAUUAGGCUUCUCAAGACGAAAGGAUUGAAUUAUGGGUGCUUGCCUAACCUCUACGAGAGCGUAGAAAAUCUAAAUGUUACUUAUAUUCAAUCUAACCAAGACAAGGACAUCCUUUUAAAACCCAAGUCUCCUGUUGGGAUUUUUUCUGUUCCUUUUCUAGCACUUAAUGAUGUUUCGGUACAAAAGACAAUUUAUGGAUGUGCUCGUUACGCAUGUGGUUCCACCACUUAUAGUACUUACUAUGUUACUGAUAACCCUAAUUCUCUAUGUCCGACUUGUGGGAACCGUAUGUCAAGAAUGUUGACGUAUCUUGUUCCGCAGGGAGUGAAGGAACCUGUGGGUACUACAGGCAGUGGUUUUGUAAAGGAGGCAGUGAAAUACACGGUGAUGGAUGAUUUGGUUGUGAAGCCCAUCUCCGUUGUAUCUAGCAUCACCGCUCUUAACAAGUACUUUAAUGUCAAGGAUGUUGGUUCCCUGCAGGAGAAAGUUGUAAAUUUAGGAAUGGAAGAGGCGCUGAAGUUGCUGAAGGCAUCGUUUGAAUUAAAAACAGUUCUGACUAGUGUUUUCAUGAGCAGUGCUAAGCAAAAAAGAGAUAGCAUAGAAUAA